ACCGUAGCCACGCAGCGGAUCGCCGAGCAGUAGAGCUAUCAACAAGACAAGCUACCGUAACACCGUUCCUGAGCACACGGACCUUGGACGAACCCAGUUGAGGAUCCGGAGCGGCAACGGAAUACUGAAUACGUAUAUUUGGAGCAGCCUCAAAAGAUCGCAAUCAUGAGUGAAGACGAAUCCUUCGGAUCCGACGAUGAUAUUAUGUCGCCCGGCUCUUCUGCGGCGAGAACUACUUUCGCCAACGAAGAUGAGAAACGAGCUCAUCACAAUGCUCUCGAACGGAAACGUCGAGACCAUAUCAAGCAUUCAUUCAAUUCUCUCCGGGACGCGGUCCCCAACCUCGAGCCCGACGGGAGCAAAGUGAGCCGCGCCGAAAUUCUCAAACGAGCGGCCGAGUACAUCAAGUCGAUGCGGAAAAGGAAUUCGGCGCAUCAGCAAGACAUUCAUGAGCUUCAGAAACAAAAUCAGAAUCUCGAGAAGCAAAUCGAGAGUAUUCAAGUCCUGCAGAACUCCCACUCUGGGGGGAACGCCGCCAACAUGGCCAACUAUGACGGAUCUAAUUCGGACGACGAAACAGACUCCGGAACCAGCGGCGACGAGGACCGCCAUCGGAAGAGAAUCAAAACCUGUUGAACGACGAGCAUUAGACCUAUGGCGUCGUGCAAAUGUAUAUGUACUCUUUGAUAGCGAUCCUCAGAUCCUCAGACCAUGGGGCGAGACACUAUGAAAAAUGGACCCAAAAAUUGUAGGUAUAAAU